UUGUUACAAAUCUAAAGUAGAACAUAAAUACACUUUCGCAACCCACUGUCCGUUGGGCUAAUCAGCUGUUCUGAGACAUUCCAAUCGAAAUCGAAUUUUUGGAUUUUGGGUUGUGGGCUUGCGAUGCUCGCGGGUGCCAAGAAGAUUGUACCAGAGGGGUUGAAGUACGCCAAGUUCACGCCGGCUAACUUUAAGCUGAAACGGGCCCUGGUGGUCACGAAGCUAUCGCGUUAUGAGUUUGAGCAACUACGUCACCCGGAACUCUCACCGGAUCAGCUGCAGCAGAAGCUCCGGGACCGGGGAACCGACGUGGAGAUGGUUCUUUAUUUGCAUAAGGUACACAAGGAUUUCGAACGCAAGGUCGUGCAGAGCUUCCAGGAUGUGGGUUGCGAGGUGAAGCUGUCCAGCAGACUUGAAUUUAGAAGCUCGUUGAGCAAGGAUGUCAUGAGCUGGGCAGACGUCAUCGUGCCGGUGGGUGGCGAUGGAACCUUCCUUCUCUCCGCUGGCCGCGCCAGUCCACUUUUCGCACUCAGCCAGCAGAAGACUCCCAUCGUGGGCUUUAACUCGGAUCCGCUCCGCUCGGAGGGUCGACUUAUGCUGCCCAAGCAUUACUCGGACAAUCCAGCCGAUGCCGUUGGUCGCAUCAAAAGCGGCGACUUCAAGUGGAUGCAUCGCUCGAGGGUUAGAACCACGCUGCUGGGCAGCAACGGUAAGAUCCCGGAGUCGACGGACCUCUUCCGGCACACAGAGGUCAAGAUGGAGCAGGUGACGACGGCACCCGAAUUGCUUGACAAGGAUAUGGCUUGCAAGUAUAAGGCCAAAAUGAAACGCAUUCUUCCUUAUUUGGCUCUCAAUGAGGUAUUUAUCGGCGAACACCUCUCAGCCCGAGUGUCCCACUUGCAGCUGGUGCUGGACCAUCAGGAUGUGGUGAACAAGACGAAGUGCUCAGGACUGUGUGUCAGCACGGGCACCGGCUCAACAUCUUGGCACACCAGCAUUAAUCGCAUCACCAGCCGGGAUGUCGAUGACCUGUUGCGCUCGUUACCAAAUAGCAGUUCAAAGGAGGUAAUGGUGUUGCGCCAGAAUGCGGAAGAGAUCGCCCAAAGGUACAACCAGGGAUUACUCUUUGCCCCAGAUGACCCGCGUCUUUGCUACUCCAUCCGUGAGCAGAUCUGCGUGGGCGUGUGGCCCUCGCCAAAAACCUUCAAGGAGCGGGACUUUGUGCAGACUGUGUUUGUGAAGUCCCAUUGCAUCGAUGCCAACUUGGUUAUAGACGGAAGCAUUUCGUUCCCGUUUAACGAUGGGGCCAAGGCUUUGCUGGAGGUCCAUCCCGAGGAUGCUCUCCUGACAAUAGCUUUAGACUGAACCCAGUGAUGCGACCCAAGUGCCUGGUUAUCUAGCCGUAGCAUGUCUGAAUUUUGAAAUUAUUUAAGUAUGCAUUUUGCAACUACUUAGCAGUGUAAGCUCAAAAGUUAUUUGUUAUUGAAUAAACAUAUAUUUAAACAUCACUA